AUGACUGUCCUCAAGGAAAAGCCCAUCAUUGUGGCGGCAGCCUUCCCUGCCUCUGGCCAUACGGCAGGGCUCAUGCGGAUCUCGGAAUACCUCAUCGAAAAAGGCCACGAGCUAUACUUUAUCACCAGGGCCGACUUCAAGGCCGCUACCGACAAAAUAGGGGCUCAUUUUGUCGAAAACCCGUGGUCCUGGGAGGAAGUAUUUGCUUCGAGACCGCCUGACUCCGACGAGAUGUGGAACUUCAAGAACAUCUUUGCCAACUCAACUCCGCUCGCCCAUCGCGCGCUCAAGGACACGCUUGAGCAGGUUCGCAGGAACCACCCUGAACGCGAUGUCGUUAUACUCCACGAGAGCUUUUCGGGCGGCCUCGGUCCCUUUCUGCACGGCGCACCCCUGCCAGAGGGGUAUACCGUUCUCCCCAAAAUCAUCAACUUCCACACGAGCGUCUACCUUCCCGGUGACGCCAGCUUCCCGCCUUUCGGCCCUGGACUGCCCUAUGACCCAACCCCCGAAAACCUAGCCCUCUGGCAGUCCAUCUCGGAUGCAAUGAAGCCAGCGAUGGGGGAACUGACUGAGCAUUACAACACGCUUUACAAAUCCCUCGGCGCCACCCAGGCCAUGACGACACCCAUUUUAAGCCGCGCCAUGGGCUUUGGCGACGUAACCCUACUAGCCACCACCGCAAGUCUGGAGUGGCCCACUGUCACCGCCAACGCCGCCUUGCCCGCCGACUCCCCAGACAAGAAGAAGGUCGUCUUCGUCAGCCAGGGCACCGUGCACCGCAAGCCCACGGAGCUGAUCCUGCCCGCCCUCGCCGGGCUCGCGGAACGCAAGGACCUGCUCGUGAUCGCGACGCUCGGGGACCGGGGCGCGGAGCUGGAGGGCGCGGCGCGGGCGGCGCUCCCGGGCAACGCGUUCGUGGUGGACUACCUGGAGUACGAGGCGGUGCUGCCGCACACGGACGUGUUCGUGUCCAACGCCGGGUACGGCGGCUUCAUGCAGGGCGUCAUGAACGGCGUGCCCAUGGUGCUGGCCGGCACCAUGGCCGACAAGGCCGAGGUGUCCGCCCGCGCCGAGUGGGCCGGCGUCGCCGUCAACCUGCGCGCCCAGGAGCCCGGCCCGGACGCCAUCCGCGCCGCCGUGGAUAAAGUGCUGGCCGACGGCCGGUUCAAGGAGACGGUGGUCAGGCUGCAGAAGGAGAACCAGGACCUGGACGCGUUUGGCAAGAUAGACGAGAUUCUAGAGGAGUUGACCGGUGACUGUUGA